GUAACUCAGUGCCUUUUUGAGGAACGACUGGAAAACAUGAAGCUUUAGUAAAAAAUAAGAUUUAUAAUUCCACACAACAACGACUGCUGACUAAAGAAGAGACUAGACUUGGCAGAUACCAGCUGAGUGUUCACAAACACGAAAAGACUUUUCUAUGCACACUCCACCAGUAGUGAAAAAUGGAGAAUCCUCAUCUCGACACAGACAACUCAACACUCUUAGACCAGAGUUUAACCCAGAUAAAGAGACCAGACUCACCAGUAUUCAGCAGUGUCUCCAUGAAGAGUGAUGCGUCUAUGGAUCAUCCUUUUAAAUUCAAAGAUGAAGGGCACUCAUCUGGACACAGUGUCCUACAGGAGGCAAAAGACAGGAAGGAGCAGAAGAUCUUCACAGAUGCAGGGUGUGAAUCUUCAUCUGCUGGAACUGAAGUUCAGAAGAGAUGCAAAUUAAAUCUACUAAAGAAGUUUCAGCAUGUAAAUGAGGUGAUAACAAACCAGGGAAACCCAACACUUCUGCAUGAGAUCUACACAGAGCUCUACAUCACAGAAGGAGACAGUGGAAAAGUCAAUAAUGAACAUGAGGUGAGACAGAUUGAGGCAGCAUCCAGGAGAGCAGCAACAGAGGAAACACCAAUCAAAUGCAAUGACAUCUUUAAGCCCUUAUCUGAAGAAGACAAACCCAUCAGGAGCGUUCUGACAAAGGGAGUCGCUGGCAUUGGAAAAACAGUCUCUGUGCAGAAAUUCAUUCUAGACUGGGCUGAAGGGAAAACAAAUCAGGAUGUUCAUCUCAUAUUUCCACUUCCUUUCAGAGAGCUCAAUUUAAUGAAGGAUCGAAACCUGAGUCUGAUGGAGCUUCUUCAUUUCUUUUAUAAGGAGAUAAAAGAAACAAACAUCUCCAGCUUGGACAAAGUUCUGUUCAUUUUUGAUGGUUUGGAUGAGUGUCGUUUCCCUCUGGAUUUCCAGAACACAGUGAGGUUGUGUGAUGUAACUGAAUCAGCAUCAGUGCAUGUGCUGCUGAUAAACCUGAUCAAAGGGAAUCUGCUUCCCUCUGCUCUCAUCUGGAUCACCUCCCGACCAGCAGCAGCUGAUCAAAUCCCCUCUGAGUGUGUCCAUCGAGUCACAGAGGUACGAGGGUUCAAUGACCCACAGAAGGAGGAAUAUUUCAGGAAGAGGAUCAGUGAUCAGAGCCUGAGCAACAGAACCAUCACACACCUGAAGUCAUUAAGAAGCCUCUACAUCAUGUGCCACAUCCCAGUCUUCUGCUGGAUUUCAGCCACUGUUCUAGAGAGAAUGUUGGGUGAAGCAGAGAGUGGAGAGAUCCCCAAGACUCUGACUCAAAUGUACACACACUUCCUCAUCAUUCAGACAAACGUCAUAAAGAAAAAGUACACAAAGAGCAGAGAGACAGAUACAGAAAUGGUUCUGAAACUGGGUAAACUGGCUUUUCAGCAGCUGAUGAAAGGCAACCUGAUCUUCUAUGAGGAAGACCUGAUGGAGUGUGGCAUUGAUGUGACAGAAGCAUCAGUGUAUUCAGGUGUGUGUACACAGAUCUUCAGAGAGGAGUUUGGGCUUCACCAGAGUAAAGUGUACUGCUUUGUUCAUCUGAGCAUUCAGGAACACCUCGCAGCUCUAUAUGUGCAGCUGAAAUUCAUGAAUGAAAAGAGAAAUGCUCUUCAGCAGAAUCUGUUGUCUAAAAUGUUGAUGAAACUAAGAGAAAUUACGAUCUCAGAUGUCCACAAGAGUGCUGUAGAUCAGGCUUUACAGAGUGAAAAUGGACAUCUGGAUCUUUUCCUUCGCUUUCUUCUGGGUCUCUCACUGGAGUCCAAUCAGAUCCUCUUACAAACCAUAGUGACACAGACAGGAAGUAGCUCCCACAGUAACCAGGAAACAGUUCAUUACAUCAAGAAGAAGAUCAGAGAGAAUCCCUCAACAGAGAAAUCCAUCAAUCUGUUCCACUGUCUGUAUGAACUGGAUGAUCAUUCUCUAGUUGAGGAAAUCCAACACUACCUGCAAUCUGGAAAUUUACAACAAAGCAAACUUUCUCCUUCUCAGUGGUCAGCUGUGGUGUUUGUGUUACUGACAUCAAUGCAGGAACAGGAUGUGUUUAUCCUUAAUAAAUAUACCAACAAACACUGUACAUCAGACGAGGUUCUUCUGAAGCUCCUCCCUGUUGUUGCAGCAUCCAGAAAAGCUCAGUUUAAUAAUUGUGGCCUAAAUGAUAAAAGUUGUGCAGCUUUAGCCUCAGUGCACAGCCUUGAAUCCUCCAAUCUGAGAGAACUGGAUCUGUCUAAGAAUAAACUUAGAGACUCAGGAGUGAAGCGUCUCUCUGCUGGACUGGAGAAUCCUCACUGUAAACUGGAGACACUGAGGUUGUGUUAUUGUGAGAUCUCAGAUGAAGGCUGUGCUGCUCUGACUUCGGCUCUGAGAUCAAACCCCUCACACCUGAGAGAACUGGAUCUGUCUGGGAAUAAACUCAGAGACUCAGGAGUGAAGCGUCUCUCUGCUGGACUGGAGAAUCCUCACUGUAAACUGGAAACACUGAGGUUGUGUGGUUGUGAUAUCUCAGAUGAAGGCUGUGCUGCUCUGACUUCAGCUCUGAGAUCAAACCUCUCACACCUGAGAGAACUGGAUCUGUCUGGGAAUAAACUCAGAGACUCAGGAGUGAAGCGUCUCUCUGCUGUACUGGAGAAUCCUCACUGUAAACUGGAGACACUGAGGUUGUGUGGUUGUGAUAUCUCAGAUGAAGGCUGUGCUGCUCUGACUUCAGCUCUGAGAUCAAACCCCUCACACCUGAGAGAACUGGAUCUAUCUGGGAAUAAACUAAGAGAGUCAGGAGUGAAGCGUCUCUCUGCUGUACUGGAGAAUCCUCACUGUAAACUGGAGACACUGCGGUUGCGUUAUUGUGAUAUCUCAGAUGAAGGCUGUGCUGCUCUGACUUCAGCUCUGAGAUCAAACCCCUCACACCUGAGAAAGCUGGAUCUGUCUGGGAAUAAACUCAGAGAGUCAGGAGUGAAGCGUCUCUCUGCUGUACUGGAGAAUUCUCACUGUAAACUGGAGACACUGAGGUUGCGUUAUUGUGAUAUCUCAGAUGAAGGCUGUGCUGCUCUGACUUCAGCUCUGAGAUCAAACCCCUCACACCUGAGAGAACUGGAUGUGUCUCUGAAUAAACUCGGAGAGUCAGGAGUGAAGCGUCUCUCUGCUGUACUGGAGAAUCCUCACUGUAAACUGGAGACACUGAGGUUGCGUUACUGUGAUUUCUCAGAUGAAGGCUGUGCUGCUCUGACUUCAGCUCUGAGAUCAAACCCCUCACACCUGAGAGAACUGGAUCUGUCUGGGAAUAAACUCAGAGAUUCAGGAGUGAAGCAUCUCUCUGCUGUACUGGAGAAUCCUCACUGUAAACUGGAGAUACUGAGGUUGUGUGAUUGUGAUAUCUCAGAUGAAGGCUGUGCUGCUCUGACUUCAGCUCUGAGAUCAAACCCCUCACACCUGAGAGAACUGGAUCUGUCUAAGAAUAAUCUCAGAGAAUCAGAAAAGAAGCAGCUCUUCAGACUUAAACUACAGGACUUGAGGUUAUGAAGAAUUUUCAUCUGAUGCAGAUUCCAGAGAACAUAUUUUUAAUGAAAUGUGCUCGACUCACAGCGGCAUUUCCUGAACUUUUUCUCACACUGAGAAAUAAUCUGAAUUAAAUGUAACACAUUUCCACAAAGUGUAAGCGCAGACAGUGUGUCUAAGAUCUAAAGAACCUCUGCUUGAUUGGUGUGAUUCUUCAUCAUCAUAGGACUUUACAGAGUGGUGCUGCAGCACUACUAUCAGGAAUAAACACUUACUGAAGAUCAAUUCUUUAUUUUUAUUAUUACACAAUUCCACUGUUAUACCCUACAGAAUCCAGACAUGAUGGCAGAACUCAGGUUCUGGUUAAGGUUCUAGUUGCUCUGGUCUACACUCCAGCCCAUGUCUUCCACCACCCCACCACUCAAUCACAUCCUCUGGUUGGAAGACUCUAAAAUCACCAUGGCUGAAGCCGUGACUAUUUCCUCAACAUGCUAUUGCUGCUCUGUGUUCUUUCCUGUAAACACUGCUUUGUUUUGGUUUUGUAACAUUCUGACACUUUAUUUUUUGUCAAAUCUUCAAAAAGUUUUCGAAUCUUCAUGUAUUAGGUGUCAGUCAUUACUCAAAGCUCUAAAAUAUCUUCCUGACAUCAGUGAAAUCAAAAUACCUGCAAAAAUGCUACAUUUAACAUUUACACAACACUGUAUUUACCACUGUCAGGUAAAAUCAUGUGACAACAAUGUAUAAAAUCAUGCAGAUACAGGUCAAGAGCUUCAGUUAAUGUUCACUUCAAACAUCAGAAUGGGGAGAAAGUGUGAUCUCUGUGACUUUAACUAUGGCAUGGUUGUUUGUACCAGAUGGGCUGGUUGGAGUAUUUCAGAAGCUGCUGAUCUCCAGGGAUUUUUAAUAUUUAACUACCUAUUGUCAUUUUGACCUCUAAACUUGCUCAUUGUACUGAAAAUGUAACUAGCAGUCCUGCAUGAGUGAAUGUAGUGUCUGCAUAAACCAAGGCAGCUAACGCUCGUUAAUCUCAAUGAAGAUUCCCCCAAGCAACGCAAGAAGCUCUCCUGGUUUUAGCACAUUAAUCUGUUCUGCGCAGUAACUCACCAUCACUUCUGCACCUCACUUUACCCAUGUGUCAAAAACAUAACUCUGAUGAUGCAAUCAAAAAGUUUAUCAUUGACUGUUGGGACAAGGUUCUCCAGAUCCAACUACACUUAUAAGCAACCUUGUGUUUGAAUAAAGUGUUAUUGACAGUCUGUGGCUUGCACAGAAGUCUAAUAACUUUUUACCA